GUGAUGUAUAACCAUCUAUGUUUAAACAUGAGUAAAGACGCUACAUACAAAGUAACGUAUUUUCCUGGAAAAGGUGGCGGAGAAAUACUAAGGCUUGUUCUAAGUGCCAAAGGGGUGAAGUUUGAAGAUGUUCGUUUACCGAGGGAGGAAUGGAUGAAAGUAAAAGCAGCGGACGGUCCAGGAUGUCCACCAACUAAACAGCUGCCUUCCCUGACGGUAAAUGAGAAUGGAAAAGAAACUGUUCUAGCCCAAUCAGGCGCAUGCGCAAGAUUCCUUGCAAUGAAAUUCGGAUUUUUCGGUUCUUCACCGGAAGAGAUGGUAAUAGUUGACGAAGCUUAUGAAACUGCCAUGGACGUUCAAAGAGAAUUGUUCAAAAUCGUAUUUCAACAGGACCAAGGAGAGAAGGCUAAACUUACAGAGGAGUUUAAAACAGUCUCCCUUAAAAGGUUGGAAGAUUAUGUCAAAAAUAGGUCAGAUACAUAUGGACAAGAUGGGUACCUUGUUGGAAAAUCGACAACCCUUGCUGACUUGCAGUUGUAUAAUGUGAUUGACCAGACGAUAGAUAGGCUGGGGGCUGAUGUUUUCGCGCCUUACCUUGAACUCAAGAAACACAUGGAAAAGGUGAAAUCAGACCCAAAGAUAGCUAAAUGGACCAAAGAAAUGCCACCACCUCAGUUUUACUACGCGUACACGAGUCGGUGGAUUCAGUUACAUUCAUUCAAAAACAUGGCUACAUACAAGGUCUCCUAUUUUCCUAGUAAAGGAAACGCAGAAAUCUUACGGCUUGUUUUAGUGAUUGCUGGACAGGACUUUGAGGAUGAGAGGCUGACCAGAGACGAGUGGGCGAAGGUCAAGGACGCGUCGCCUACGAAGCAGAUGCCGUUACUCACUGUAAAUGGUACUGUGUAUGGACAAUCGGCAGCUUGUGCCAGAUAUUUGGCACGAAAAUUUGGAUUGUUGGGAUCAACCCCCGAGGAGGAACUUCUGAUAGACGAAGCAUAUGAAUGCAUUGCCGACUUUCUGAAAGAAGUCCUUAAACUUUUCUAUGAAAAGGAUGAAAAAGCGAAGGAAGACCUUAAACAAAAGUUGACCACAGAAAAUGCUCCAAAACUCAAUGAAUACAUCAAACUUCGAUCAAAGCUCGGCGGAAACGGUUUCAUUAUUGGUAAAAAGAUCUCUCUGGCCGACAUACAGAUAUAUAAUAUAGUGGAUCAAUGUGAGGCAGGUUUCCCGGGAUUAUUUUCAUCAGCAGCAGACAUAAAGAAACACGCGGAUGCCGUGAAAUCUGAUGCCAGGAUACAAAAAUGGAUCGCAACAAUGCCGAAAAUACCACAAUAAGUAGGAACUGAAACUUGAUAAAAUAUGUUUAUCAAACAGCGGACCAAUGAACAAAGCGACGAAUUUUCCAGGCCAAUAAUUCAAAGCAUUUGCAGAUUUAUAUUUUUGUACUAAUAUAACAUUCUGAGACGAUUAUUUACAAUAAUUAUUAUACAUGUACAUUUACUAAGAAAAUAUCGUUGUAGAAGUGCUGUGUGAAACGAGUGGUAAAUAAAGUGCCAUGGAGAACAAUUA